AUGACUGCGUUGCCUCCGGAUCCGUACAGGAUAUUAGGCGUCUCCAAGGAUGCGCAACUCAACGAGAUUCGAGCUGCCCACCGCAAGCUCGUCCUCAAGUGCCACCCCGACAAGGUCCAGGACCCGACCCUCAAGGCUGCCAAGCAGGACGAGUUCCAAAAGGUACAGCAGGCCUAUGAGCUGCUGAGUGACGAUAACGAGCGAGCCAAGUAUGACGACAACGUCAAGCUGGCCGAGCUCCGAAAGGAGAUGGCCGCCAAAGGCAUGUCGGCCAACACAUCGGCCCCACGCACCCCCUCUGCGAGAACCUACGACGUCAACAUCCGCACCGCCGAACCCCGUGCAGACACCUUCAAGACGACGCCGACGUACCGGUCUUCCCCCGGUACUAAGAUGUACUCCCAGUACCCGUCAAGGUCUUGGGACGAGGAAAUCCACCGCUCGAGUCCCAUCUUCGAGGAGCCCCGGGCUCGACGGGCCGCAAGUUACGAGAAGCCAUCUCGUCAAGAAGAGGACAGGGACCGCGAGCGCGAACGUAGACGCAGGAAAGAGGAAGACAGAGAAAGAGAACGUGAAGAGGCCAUCCGUGCAGAUCGCCGGGAGAGAGAGCGCAUAGCUAUAGAAAGGGAGCGUAUUGCAGAGAAGAAAGCCGCCGAUAAGGCGGCAGAGAAGGCUGCAAGGAAGGCGGCUGAGAAGGCCGCGGAAGAGAAGGAAAUCCGCCGCCGAGAGCGCAAGGCCUUUGAGAAGGCCGAGAAGGAGCGCGAGAAGGAGCGGAAACUCGCUGCCGAAGACAAGUCUCGGAGGCACAAGACUGCUGCCGCAUAUGUCGAACCCUACGGCGACGACGAGACUUACCUUGCCAAGACCGACAAGAAGAAGUCAAGCAGCUCCAAGAAGUCCAAGGACGAGGACAAGCGAUCUCGCUCCAUCCCGCGAGAGGCUACCCGCGAGGAGGUUCCCCCGCCACCGACGCCUGCUAUCCCAGUUGACCUCACCAAGUUGAAGUACGCCGAGACCAUGCUUUCUGCUGCCUCAUACAUGGACAAGGCCCGCAAAGGGGCACCAGGUUUAAGUCGCGCGCAGACAUUUGCAGAGGGUAGUCGGUUUGAGCCGCCCGUUGCGGCUCCGACACCUCCUGCCGCAGCACCAUUUGCGCCGCCUCCUCCCCCACCUCCUGUGCCUACGGCCGACGAAGACGUUCGCCGAUCAAAGUCCAGACGCUCGUCCGAGACCAAGCGUGAGAAGUCGAGUCACAAGAAGUCACCCACCAAGGACCAGCCGUCCCCCUACGUCGUCGACGCCUCGCCUACCGCCCGCGCGAUGCCCCAGUUCGCCUCGGCGCACUCAUCUCCCGUCGGUGCUGGCUCACCACCCAAGCACCUGGGCCGGUCAAGCACCUUCAACGACGGAUAUGUCCGCCCGCCUCCGGGACCCGCAAGGGCUCAGACUUUCCACUAUGGUAUCGAGACCGACUCGCGCGGCCGCAACCGCUCAAGACUCCAGCCGCAAGUCAGCGAAGACUCGGACUCUGAAGACGAUCCCCGACCCCCUCGCAGGAGUCACCGACACAAGGUUGAGGAGGCUAUCCCUCUCGACUACAACCAGCCGCGCUCGACUCGGUAUGCUGUCUCGGGUACCCGAACCAUCCCGGUCGAAUCGGGGCACUCUUCGUAUUACCGCGACGAGUCUCCGACUAGGAAAGUGUACUACAUGGAUCGUCCUCCCAUCGGCCGUGAAUCCAGCAACUACUCAAGUAGUGGCUUCGGUUCCAAGGUCAAGACCUCCAGAGGCUACACCCACGAGGAUGUUCAGUACAGCAACAUCCCUCACAGGUACCGGGACCCCGAAUACGCGUACUAG